AUGGGGCUCUGGGCGCUGCUGCCCGGCUGGGUUUCUGCUGCGCUACUGCUAGCGCUGGCCGCUCUACCCGCAGCCUUGGCCGCCAACAGCAGUGGCCGAUGGUGGGGCAUCGUGAACGUAGCGUCCUCCACGAACCUGCUGACCGACUCCAAGAGUCUGCAGCUAGUGCUCGAGCCCAGUCUGCAACUACUGAGCCGCAAACAGCGGCGGCUGAUCCGCCAGAACCCGGGGAUCCUGCACAGUGUGAGCGGUGGUCUGCAGAGCGCGGUGCGCGAGUGCAAGUGGCAGUUCCGGAACCGCCGCUGGAACUGCCCCACUGCUCCGGGGCCCCACCUCUUCGGCAAGAUCGUCAACCGAGGCUGCCGGGAAACAGCGUUUAUCUUUGCCAUCACCUCCGCCGGGGUCACCCAUUCCGUGGCGCGCUCCUGCUCUGAGGGCUCCAUCGAGUCCUGCACGUGCGACUACCGGCGGCGCGGUCCUGGGGGUCCUGAUUGGCACUGGGGAGGGUGCAGCGACAACAUCGACUUCGGCCGCCUCUUCGGGCGAGAGUUCGUGGACUCCGGGGAGAAAGGGCGGGACCUGCGCUUUCUCAUGAACCUCCACAACAACGAGGCGGGCCGCACGACCGUGUUCUCCGAGAUGCGCCAGGAGUGCAAGUGCCACGGGAUGUCCGGCUCCUGCACCGUGCGCACGUGCUGGAUGCGGCUGCCCACGCUGCGCGCGGUGGGCGACGUGCUGCGCGACCGCUUUGACGGCGCCUCUCGAGUCCUCUACGGCAACCGCGGCAGCAACCGCGCUUCGCGGGCCGAGCUGCUGCGCCUUGAGCCGGAAGACCCAGCGCACAAGCCGCCUUCCCCCCACGACCUCGUCUACUUCGAGAAAUCGCCCAAUUUCUGCACAUACAGCGGACGCCUGGGGACGGCGGGCACUGCAGGGCGCGCCUGCAACAGCUCGUCGCCCGCGCUGGACGGCUGCGAGCUGCUCUGCUGUGGCCGGGGCCACCGCACGCGCACGCAGCGCGUCACCGAGCGCUGCAACUGCACCUUCCACUGGUGCUGCCAUGUCAGCUGCCGCAACUGCACGCACACGCGCGUAUUGCACGAGUGUCUGUGAGGCGCUGUGCGGACUCGCCCCCAGAAACGCUCCCCUCAUGCUCUCCCCAAAACAGACUCGCUGGCUCUCAAGACCCUGAUAUGCGCCCACCCAGUACCUCCAGCCACACCCCGCGGCUCAAGCUAUCCCAUCUCUCCCACCUCCUCCUACCUGGGGACUCCUCUAACCACUUGCCUGGGGCGGCACGAAUAUUCUUGCCAUCCUGAUGGACCUGCCCCGACCUACCUCCCUCCCUCUCCGCGGGAGACCCCUGUUGCACUGCCCCCUGCUUAGCCAGGAGGUGAGAGAAAUAUUCGUUCUGUCCCCCACCUGGGGUCAGCUCCUGAUGGUGCUGCUCUGUCUAUUCCACCACACCAGCCACCUCUCUACCUUUCUCUUUCCCCUUUGUCCGCAAUUUUCUCCAAGUCCCCACAGGUCCCUUGUAUCCCCCUGUCAAGGGUGCAGACCCGAACACACACCUGUGCAUAGGGACCUUUCUCCUCCCCACCCGCAGCUGAAGUAGGAGGUUCCAGGGUGAAAGGGCAGCUGUGGUGAUGUGGAAAAUGAAGUUGGGGGACUCAGCAGAAAUGCUGCCAUUCUUCUAGCCUCUGCCUUGGAGCCAUUGAACAGCUGUGAGCCUGGGCCACCUCCUACCCCUUCCUGUCCUGCCUCUUCAUCAGUGUGUAAAUAAUUUGCACUGAUCGUGGAUCCAAAGCCACGAGUUUGGUUGUUGUAAAUAAAACUAUUUAUUGUGCUGGGUUCCAGCCUGGUUUGCAGAGACCACCCCCAACCCAAUUCCUCUUCAUUCUCUCCUUUUGCUUUCCAGUCUUCUGUGAUUCCUCUUCUCCUCUUCCCAUUUUUCAGAGAUGCCUUUGCCUACCAGAAUCGGUAUUUCCUUCCACUGUAGCUAUUAGUGGCUCCUC